GGGGUGGGGGGGGUGUCGUUCACUAUGUCAAAAAUUCCUUUUGCAUGCUGUUUUCCAAAACCCAACAUAAGUCACUAGCAAAAAGCAUUUGUGAAGUCACACAAAACCGCAAACAUUCAUCUUUUUCAGCUACUUUUCACCAAUAGACAACUAAAGCUAAUUAUUGUGUAUUGUAAACAAAACUCUGAAAUUCUGAGUUUGUUGAUCGUUAUAAAGUUGUCAAUAAAGUUUUUGUUCCAUGAGAAGUUAUUCGAAAGACAUUAUUCAAGGUCUGCAUUACACAACUAUGUGUUUCCUUUGUUCUAAUGAUGUGUAUUUUUAGAACUUUGGCGGAUGACUAUAACACGGCUGCUGCAUGUCAAAAAGCUUUGAAUGGAAGUGAAAGAGAUGAGCACAGAAAAAAACAAUUGUUACAACAUCAAGGGCAGGGUAAGACUCAACCCAAGUGAGGCAGAAAAGGACAAUGUUGCAACAGAUUAAUAACGCUAGACUGUCAAAGCUUUUCAGGAUCCUUAGUCAUCAUCGUGGGAGUAAAUGUUAAGAGAGAAGAUCUUAAGAAAUGGAAAAAAAUCCUUAGUUUCAUGUGAUCAAAAUUGAUAUGUUUGAGUACAAUGAAUGUUUGUGUUCUGAAACUGAAGCGCUGGUGUAGGAUCCGUCCUUUUAGCGCAGUUUAUUUUAAAGGUUAUUUACCCAACGUGUUCAGACUCACUAAUUCUGUGGAAAUGUUUGUUGUAAUAAUGAGCUGAUGAAGAGGAGGGUGUGAACAUUUGAAAUUAUUCUUAUCUCCUGUUUAGAAAAAAAAAAAAUUUUUAGGAACCUAUCUAUGCUUUUAGAGACCUUUUUAAAGUUUAGAUAGUUUUGGAUUAGACUUUUAGGGUGACGGAGGGAAAGUCCGUGGCGUGUACUCACUUUAAGGGAGUGUCCAGUGCAUGUGUGUGUAAGCAAAGGGGUGGAGGUAUAAAAAAGAAUACCCUUUAAACCACAGCUCCUGUAACUUCCUGUCACACAGGAGAGCAGCGCAGCAUCAACAGGACACUCAGAUCUUUAAUGAAACUCCGGCUUCAAUGGAAAACAUGUAUGAUUAUACUAACACAAGCUAUGAUGUCAACUACACAUUGCCAGAUAUAGAUUUUGACCUUACUCCUGAGAUUCAGCCUCUCCAGAUUGGGGCUUUGCUCCUCUAUGGUCUUGUGGUUCUUGUCGGAGUUCCCGGUAACGCCGUGGUGGUGUGGAUAACGGGGUUCUGCAUGACCCGCUCCGUCACUUCCAUGUGGUUCCUCAACCUUGCGCUGGCUGAUCUUUUGUGCUGCUUGUCCAUCCCUCUGCUCAUGGUGCCACUGGCCCACGAUGACCACUGGCACUUUGGAGCUUUGGCCUGCACGCUGGUCAAGGGGCUGUUCUUUUUGGUGAUGUACUGCAGCAUUUUACAGCUGGCUUUGAUUAGUGUGGACCGCCUGAUGCUGGUCAAAAGGCCCAUUUGGUGUCAGAACAACAGGCGGCCCAGACGGGCUGUGUACGGCUGCGUGGCCGUGUGGGGCCUGGCUCUCCUUGUUAGCAUUCCGCAGUUCGUUUAUGCCCUUGAACGCGAAGCAGGUGAAGUUAAAAGAGAGUGCGUGAUGGGAUACACUACUCGGAGCAUCUGGCACAUUCAAACCUUUAAAUUCUUGGUGGGAUUCGUCCUCCCCUUCCUGGUAAUUGUCAUCUGCCACGUCAUGGUGUACAACAGCACAGAGAGGGGCUUGUCACGAGGCCGGACCCGCUCCAAAAGAACCCUGAAAGUCAUCCUUGCUGUCAUCUUAACCUUCUUUUUUUGCUGGCUCCCCCUGCACAUCCUGGACUUCAUUGAGAUUUCCACUCCUCGAUCUUCUCCUCACAGCCCAAAGGUUUACCUGGCUCAAGUGUUAGCGGUCUGCCUGGCGUACGUCAACAGCUGCCUGAACCCUCUGCUCUAUGUGUGCCUGGGUCGAAGCUUCAAAGAAAGCAUGAGUCGCUCUGUGCGGGGACUACUUCACUUCAUCAGCGAGGAACCCAAUACUAAACUGACAGUCUCCAACAACGACACUAAGAGCACGUCAAGUGGGAAGGGGACGACCAAAGUGUAGCCUGGAGUUUAGAAUCGUCCCAGGAUGCUGGUAGAGACUCAGAAACUGUGAAGGCUUGGCCACUGUGGUUUUAGAACUUCUGAACUGUUGCAGACUAUUGUUCAACCUGCAUUUAGCAAGUUUUCAUGUUUCCCGAAAGACACUUCUCUUUUUGUCUUGUAGAAACAUUUAGCAAAAUCCAUGAGAUCACCUGUUAAAUGUGAAAUUUACUUUUCAGAUGUGUUCUGUAAACAGAAAAAAGCCCUUCGUCUUCACAUUAAAGGGCAAGGUGGCUCUGUAAUUGUUUAUUAUUCAGCAGCAGUUUUUUUAUUGACCACAAGAGGGAGACAGACUGUUAGUUAUAGUUCCUCUGAACUUUUUUGUUGUUGACCUUUAAAUAUUUUUGUUUUUUUAUGUAUUUAUUCGUUUACAAAACAACAUGAAAACUGAACUUGUGUGCUUCAUUUCUUUUUUUCUUUUUGGGGACCAACAGGGAGUUAGCAUGAAUGAAAAUCAGAUUGUAAUUUCUAUCAGGCUUAAUGUAACAUUUAUAAUACGAUAAAUGGGAUUCCCAAGUGUUAAUGUUCAGGAAUAAAUUUAUAACUAAAUACAAACAUGUUUUUUAAUAAUUGCUAAAAUUGGAAACAAAAUGUAGAAGGCCAAAUUGUAUUAUUAUUAUUUUUCCUCACUUUCUCUCUAUUUGUGUAGUUUUUGUGUUCUGGAAAACAUGCCAGCAUAUUUCUAUAUGUCAACAAAGUGUUUGAUUAGAUUGGUAGAUGUUUGCAAAUGAGUGGAAAGAACAAACUCAGCAUGCAAACCACAAAGGCUUGAUCUAAGUACUUAUGGAAAUGAACAUUUUGGAGGAUUUAAAACAUCCAUCUUUCUAAGCUUUGACUGUGAGCAUCGUCCAAGAAGAUCACUUCACAUUUGUGUGAUAUGUAUCCAUAUUCAUUUAAUGCUGAAGAAAAUAAACACAAAAGUGUUGAAGUA